GGGGCGCCGCUUCCCUCCUCGCGCUGGCGGGGGCGGAGAGCCCCGCCCCCAGGCGCGCCGGCCCGGCGUGCCGAGACCGUGCGGCCCCGCGUGGACGCGGCGUCGGCGCGGCGGGGUGGGUUCCGCUUUGUCUGCGCUCCACCUGAGCGCGCCCGCGCGCCUCUCCGGGAAGUCGGCGUCCCGAGGCAGGGCGCACCUAGCGCGCGCGCUCUCCGGGAUCCCCGCGGUCCAGCCCCGGGCGAGCCGGCGGGGGCGUCUAGGGAGCCGGGGAGCAGCCCCUCCCAUGGGUCCCCGGCACCAGAGCGCAGAGUCGCGGGGCGCGGACCGCAGUUAUGUCAAGAUGCCCUCUUUCCUGUUGCUGGAAGUCCUCUGCCUUUUCCUGUUUGCUGGAGCGCCCCCAUCCCUCCCUCUGCAGGAAGUCCACGUAAGCCAGGAGACCAUUGGGAAGAUUUCAGCCGCCAGCAAAAUGAUGUGGUGCUCGGCUGCGGUGGACAUCCUGUUUCUGAUAGACGGUUCUCACAGCGUCGGGAAAGGGAGCUUUGAAAGGUCCAAGCGCUUUGCCAUCACGGUUUGUGACGCUCUGGACAUCAACCUCAGGAAGGUCAGGGUGGGAGCUGUCCAGUUCAGUUCUGCUCCUCGUCUGGAAUUCCCCUUGGAUGCAUUUUCAACCCAACAGGAAGUGAAGGCCAAAAUCAAGGGGAUGGUUUUCAAAGGAGGGCGCACAGAGACAGGCCACGCUUUGAAAUACCUCCUGCGCAAAGGGUUCCCUGGGGGCAGAAAUGCCUCUGUGCCCCAGGUCCUGGUCAUCGUCACUGACGGGAGGUCCCAAGGGCACGUGGCCCUGCCAGCCAAGCAGCUGAAGCAGAGGGGCAUCGCUGUGUUUGCCGUGGGGGUCCGCUUCCCGAGGUGGGAGGAGCUGCACACACUGGCCAGUGAGCCAUGGGAGCAGCACAUACUGAUGGCCGAGCAGGUGGAGGAUGCUGCCAACGGCCUCUUCAGCACCCUCAGUGGCUCUGCCAUCUGCACCAUCACCUCUCCAGACUGCAAGGUCCAGCCUCACCCUUGUCGGCGCAAGACACUGGAGACAGUCAAGGAGCUUGUCGGCCACGCCCCAUGCUGGAGAGGAUCUCGGGGGACCGACGCCGUGCUGGCUGCGCUGUGUCCCUUCUCCAGCUGGAAGAGAGUGUUCUUAACCCACCCUGCUACCUGCCACAGGACCAUUUGUCCAGGCCCCUGUGACUCCCAGCCCUGCCAGAAUGGAGGCACAUGUGUUCCAGAAGGACUGGACAGGUACCACUGCCUCUGCCCGCCAGCCUUCGGAGGGGAGGCUGACUGCGCCCCGAAGCUGAGCCUGGAGUGCCGCGUCGACGUCCUCUUCCUGCUGGCUGGCUCGGCGGGCACCACCCCGGAGGGCUUCCUGCGGGCCAAGGCCUUCGUGAAGCGGUUCGCGCAGGCGGCGCUGGGCGAGGACUCCGUGGGCAGCGAGGCCGUGCGGGCGGAGCUGGAGGAGAUCACGGGCAGCCCGGAGCGCGUCAUGGUCUACCCCGGCCCGCAGGACCUGUUCAGCCAAAUCCCAAAGCUGCACGGGAAGCUGUGCAGCCGGCAGCGCCCAGGCUGCCAGGCCCAGUCGCUGGACCUGGUCUUCAUGUUGGAUGCUUCAGCCUCAGUGGGGCCUGAGAACUUCGCCCAGAUGCAGAGCUUCGCGAGAAGCUGCGCCCUCCAGUUUGACGUGAACCCAGACGUGACGCAGAUUGGCCUGGUGGUGUAUGGCGGCCGGGUCCAGACUGCCUUCGGGCUGGAUACCCACCUCACCCACGCUGCGGUGUUGCGGGCCAUGAGCCAGGCCCCCUACCUGGGUGGGGUGGGCUCGACAGGCAUGGCCUUGCUGCACAUCUACGACAAGGUGAUGGUGGUCCACAAGGGUGCCCGGCCUGGUGUCCCCAAGGCUGUGGUGGUGGUCACGGGUGGGAGUGGGGCAGAGGAUGCGGCUGUCCCUGCCCAGAAGCUGAGGGACAACGGCGUCUCUGUCUUGGUGGUGGGCGUGGGGCCUGUCCUGACGGAGGCACUGCGGAGGCUCGCAGGUCCCCGGGACUCCCUGAUCCACAUGGCAGCUUACGAAGACCUGAGGCACCACCAGGACAUGCUCAUGGAGUGGAUAUGCCGAGAAGCCAAGCGGCCAGUUAACCUCUGCAGACCCAGCCCGUGCCUGAACAAGGGCACCUGCGUCCUGCACGACGGGAGCUACCGCUGCGAGUGCCGUGCCGGCGGGGAGGGCCCCCACUGUGAGCGCCGUGCCGUUCUAGGUGCUGGGAACAGAGCAGGAAACGAGACAGUAGGAACCUCUGCCCUCAUGGAGCUUCCACUCCAGUCAGGGAGGGAGGCAGCAAAUAAGUGCCACGUGUAGUGUAUUAGGUGGUGCCAAGCACAGUCUACUUAAAGAAAAUGUACGGUGACUGGGAGGAAGGCUUCCCAGGGUGGCCUCGGGCAGGAGCAGAGCGGAUCCAGGGCGCAGACUGCAGGCCCGGAUCCGGGUGGGUGCGUAGAUGUGCAAGUGGUGGGGAAGGCAGUUCUUUUUUGAGUGUUCGUCUGCUCAGUGAGAUGGGACCGUCCAUCAGCUAAGAGAGAGGAUGGGGAGGAAGUUCUGGCGGUUUGAGGAGAGAGGAGAAUCACCGUCCAGGGGAAAGACACAGAGAACGAGUGUCGGGCAGCAUCCCGGGCCCACUGGUGGCCACAGUUCCUGGAUUUAAAGUGAGAAC